AUGGUCCGCUGCCUGGUCCGCGUGGUUUUUUUUUUCUAGUAAACUUUUCUUUAAAUUUAAACAUCUAGCAGUUAAAUGCUUAAAAAUAAAACACUAUAAGGCUUGUGUCAUGGGAUACUAGGGUAACGGAUAGAGUACAUAUGUUAGUAUAUUUUUAUAGAAAUACAUAUUAAACAUCCAUGACUGGAGUACAAAUGCUCGUAUUCAUCACACAAACAUCUGCACCCACCGGGAUUCGAACCCGGGACCUCUCGAGUCGGCGACACCAUGAUACCCGGCGUACAAACCGCUCGGCCACGGAGGUCGUCCAAGUCGCAGCACGAAACGUGUUGGGGGGAAACAGAGGUGCGCGGGCGGGAGUGCGUUGCGCCGAUUGGCUCUCCAGUCGUACCCAUGAGCAGCUAUACCUGGCGCGUAUUGUUAGCGCUAGAGUUACGUGCCGCGACCUGUAAAUGCUAACUCAGACGAAGCCAGGAGUUUGUUUAGAAACGCAGCGAGUAACUCACACGGACAACUCGCAACGUCCGCCAACAACGGACGCAGCGGGUCAACUUAUUUUAAAAACAUCAACACAUUAUAGAUAUUAACGGGAUUGUUACCAUGUACCUUGUUUUUUAUGAGUCUCCGAUAUUUCGGCACUGUUGCAAGCGCCAUGAUCACGGAGUAACUGAAGAUUGGUCAGGGAAGCGAUUGAAAUAACCAAACACAAGAAUUUCAAUCGUGAGGAUCGGUUUAAAUUGUCUAGUGUGUGGAAUCCAGUGGUUCGUAUGUGUAAAAACUGCAAAAAUCAAAAAAGUGUCGUUCCGCGAUCUGUGUGAGUAUUGUGUGCCCGGAACAAAUGCGAGUGAAUAGUGAGAAUGUGACCAGUGGUAGGGGUAUCAAACGCAAUAAAAGACGACGUCAGAGGGUAGACCGAUAUGUCUGCCAAUAACAUCUACCCGCAAUUACUUGAGUUACUCCGUGAUCAUGGCGCUUGCAACAGUGCCGAAAUAUUGGACUCAUAAAAAACAAGGUACAUGGUAACAAUCCCGUUAAUAUCUAUAAUGUUGGUGACCAUGAAAGUUACAAAACAAUAUAUCAACACAUUUGUACAAAUUAACACGUUAUAUCGUGGCAGUAAAGUUUAAUGUUGAUUGUAUACGAGCAAGCAUUUCCAAACACGACUGUUUGAAAAUUACUCACAAUAGAUGAAUGUGCGUAAUUUUACUGCCGCCACUUUUUGAGCGCGAUUGUGAGGCUACUUGUUUCAAUACGUCAAUAGGUACAACACUAAAAAAUACCGGAAAAACAAAAAUAUCUGUUAGCUUCCAAAUACGAUUUUCAAAAUCAUUUCUCUAUGAAAUAUCUGUCACUUCUGUUAAGUCGACAAUAUCAUGAGUGUCAGACUAUUACAGUGCAUAUUUAUCGCAAUUCUUUUAAAGAUUGUAAUAUGUACUGAUAAAAGUAAAGACCAACUUAAAAUAUUACAGAAAAGACGCCACAAUUAUGUCGCCAAAAAGUGGGAAUUCGAGAGUGACGACGGAUUACAAUACCCAAGAGGCGAUAAGGCUAAGCUACGUCACAUUUCUAAAGUAUGGUCGGAGCAUUACAAGUGCUUACAUCGAGUAGCGGAACGUGUGACGUCAUCUGGUCGACUCUCCGCGGUGUACAAAGCCGUCAUGGAAGCAGCGCCUGUAACUCUGCCGUGCACUUUAUGCAUCGGCCCGGGAGAAAGGCCACUACUACAGUGGCUAAAAUCACAAUCUCUUAGCUCCCCAUUCGAGCCAAUGGUCCCAAAAUAUCGCAUAGUGGCCGAGGACUGCGGGAACUUGACGAUACACAACGCAAGGCGCGAAGACAGCGGCGUGUACCAGUGCAAGCUGGGGCACAGCGUCGGCGGUAUUGUCGUACUUGAUGUUGUGGACCCCAACGCGGGAUACGAUGUUGUGAAGCCUUAUUCCUCCCGCGGCCCCCACCCCGCCUCCGCGGUGUCCCUGCGAGUGUACAAUGUGUCCGUGAGCGUGUUCACCGAUUGGUCGCCUUGGAGCGAGUGCAGCGAUUGCGGUAGGGUCGGCAGAAGGAGGAAAUAUGGCUUCUGUUACAUCAAAAUCGAAAACAGGGAUAAAUCGAAGGAAAUCGUAAAUGAUGCAGUCGCACGCACUAAUUUACUGGAUAAAGACGACGAGUUGUUACUGCAACACACAUCACGGCUGCUUAAAGCAUUCACAGAUGGCGUACCUUGCCGUUCCAGAAUCUUACAAUCGAAAUUCCUAAUACUAGCAAACGUAAGUCAGCGACGCGACGAAAUCAUGCUGGGGCUUUGUAAAGUAAGUUACUUAUUUAAAAUGUUUUUUCAGAUUCCUAUUUUUAAUUACAUACAAUUUAUGUACUAACAAUAAAAUUAUAUAUUAUUUUAAACUUUCAUGGUCACCAAAAAAUUAGUAAUAUUAUAAGUUAUUUACGGGAUUGUCAUCAUGUACCAUGUUUUUAGUAACUCAGUUACUCCGUGAUCAUGGCGCUCGCAACAGUGUUGAAAUAUCGGAAAUUCCCAAAAACAAGGUAAAUGGUAGCAACCCCGUAAAUAACUUAUACAACUAUAACAAUAAAAUUUACUUAAAAACCAUGGUACUGGGAAAGCUUUUUUUUAAUUCAAAGUUUUAUAAUAAUGUAUUUUAUGUUUUAGCAAUAAGGUUUAAUUUAAUUUUAAAAUGUAACGUUGAUCUGCACAGGUCAAAUGCCCCAUCCCCAGUUUAUUCGAAGUACGGUCUGUCAAAGGUGCGGUGUUGGAGCGAGCUAACAAUACCGCUGGCGUGUUCUCUCUCUUAUAAUUAUGUAUUUUAUGUAUUAGCAAUAAGGUUGAAUUUAAUUUCAAAAUAUAACGUUGAUCUGUACAGGUAAGAUGCCCCAUCCCCAGAGUAUUCGAAGUAAGGUCUGCCAAAGGUGCAGUGUUGGAGCGAGCUAACAAUACCGCUGGGGUGUUCUCUCUGUGGCAGCGACUGCCGACACCAGCUCCGAAGUUUAUAUCUACUCUCGUGUUCGCUGUGCGAGGGAAACCGUUCAAUAUUUCGUGUCCUGGGAUAUCCCUAAGCAACACGCCCAUAUCAUGGAAGGUAGGGAGCAAGGCAUUGAACCCUCGGGCAGUGGACCGGGAGAGCGGCGGUCGAGUCCAUCUCAACGCCAGGGACCAGCUUGUGAUCUCCCGCGUGGAGUACUGUGACGCCAACCUAUACAGGUCUGUGAUGUAGAGAGGCAGGAAACCGUGAUAAUACCUGUCUCGUUGUCUUUGUAAUCAAACCCAUUAUAUGGGAGGUAAUUUCGAUCCUGUUGCUCAUAUAUUCAAAGGACAUAGCCAAGAAAGUGCUCUUAACGUGUAUAAAUAUUUCGCACUAGCCCGUAACUAUACAAUAUUUUUUUAUUAAUUAUUACGUGUUUAUUAUUCUCAUACAACUUUCGUGAAAUAAUCAAAUGUCUGUUUCAAAAGCAAAAUGUUCCGUUUUACAAAAUAAAUGAAUAAUGAAUGAACACAAAAAAAAUCUGUGCAAGUAUAUCUAAAUAAACAAUAUUAUUUCUAAACUCCUUCAAAAUAUGACGUAUUUGGCCCUAAUUUUUAUUAGAACAAAUCACGGAAGGCUUGAGACAAGGCUGUAUGAUAAUUAAUCGUUUAAUUUUUGCAAAUGGACAAAAUAAAACUUCACGUUUUUCCUGUCACGAUCACGGCCGACGAUAACAAAUUAUUUGCAUUUAUUUUUGCUUAAAAAAAACUUUGAGUUAAUCAGAGAAAUGGGAAUAAAGAUUCUAAGAAAAUGCGAAAUUGGUCACUAUGUAAAUAAUUGGCAACAUCUUUUAUCAACUUUAGUAAAGUAAUGACAUAGUAGGAGUUCUCAUAAUUUUCAAGAUUGUAACUUUAUCAAAAGUCCCUGAAUCUUUUUUCAUACAAAUUAUAAAUACUUAGCCAUUUACCAUUAACUAUUACUAAGUGCAGUAUUUAUACAUUGCCAGGGCAGUCGCUCAUACAAAACUUUACCAUGUCCUUUCAAAACCAUAGUCCGGUGUAGUUAAUGGAAGUUUGCAGUUCAACCAAAUUCAUUGCCGUAUAUCAACUACUUUAAGAAUUCCAUUGUCUACAGAGACUCAAUAAAAUCAUUAAAUACUCAACUAAUAUUAUAAAAUAAUUAUAAAUCAACGAAAUGUAAGUAUGCGCAUGCGCAUAACUUCCGAACGACAGCAUCAAAUUAGAAAAUGGUUGGAUCAAAAAAAAUACGACGGCGCGAAAUAUGCCGAGUCAGCUAGUAAGAAAUAAAAGAUGUUUUCUUACAAAUUGCAAUCAGAAUUACAACUCUUUUGACAGGGGCGUUCUUACUCUAUGACCAAGGAAGCCAUGACCCCGGCGGCAAAGCCAUUUAAAGGCAUUUGUUACUAACCUAUCAAUGGAGGUUAGGGGGAGGGGGGCAGUAAAUCGUAAGUGGCUAGGAGUGCCAGAUAUUAAAAUACGCCUUUGGAACAGUCAAUUAUUGUCACUGCCAUACACCUUACUAAUAGGGUAUUUGACAAGUUUUAGAAAACGAUCUCACGUUAAUGACUAAUGUUUAUGGUGUCCGUAAAAAGUGGAUAUUCAUCAUUCUGUUGUGUAUUUCAGUAAAAAUAACUAAAUCAAAAACUCCAUUUUUAAGUUGCCGCGAAAACGUUUCUCUGGACAAUAUGGCGUCUUACUAGUGUGUGACGUCACACGACUGAUAUUAAAACGUCAAACGAUAGAAUGUACUGUCACUUUAACCGGAAGUUUACUUGCGUGUGACGUCAUAUUAGGCUUGGCCAAUCCCAAGCGUUUUGGGUCACGUGACAGUAGAUAAGAAAAUUAUUAUCUUUUAGUGGGUUUUUAGUAAAAUUAUGAAUUUUUUUUUUUGUAAAAAUAGUCAAAACCCCUGCCAAUAUUCAUUCUAAACACAGAUGCUAACAAUUGGAACUUUAUUUUUAAUACUGUCAAAUACCCUAUUCUUAUGAUUGUUACGACAGUUGCUGGCAACGCGACGUGCUCAUAGGAACGGUAAGGCUGAGAACUUGGGAAGGCACGCGGCUAAGAUGGAACCACCACGCCACGCUGGUACUGUGUUUAAUGUUCGCAACGACUGCACUGCGUGUCUUAGAUCGAAUUACGCGCGACAAACGACGCCGUUUUGGGGCGUUGCGUAAUUCAAGGAAUGUAUGAUAUUGGUGUGGGGGGUCAUCGGGACAUUGAAUAUUUCACUUAACUAUAUUUGAAUUAGAACUAUUUUGCUUAAUUACCAGCGUCACCCCCUCAGUAAUGAUAAUAAUAAAUGUGUAAUGUCAAAGUACAGAAAAGAAUAUUUUAUUUAUUUAUUUAUUCUUUAUUACCAAAAACAGUGAAUGGCGGACUUAAUGCUAUAGGCAUUCUCUACUAGUCAACCAGUAUGGGUGUAUGAGACGGAUGUUUUGGCGAUAGAGUACGAGCUACUAAAGUCAGAGAAAAAAAUAAUAUAUUUAAUAGAACAGAAACUUUGCUGGAUAUUAUGCGUUUAGUUACAAAAUUGGUUAGUUACUUGAAAUAAAAGUUAUUUAAUAUAUGAAAACUGUGAUUUUAAUUUAAUGCAACAUAAUAACACUAUCAUUGAAUGGAAACUUUUUAUGAUACAGGGCUUUGUUUUACAAAUAGCACGGCAUCGAGAAAUAAGAGCCACUUAGAUUGAGAACACUACAUGUAGAAUGGAGAUGAGUACCAUUAGAUGACUAGAUGUAAGAUAAGCAUGCGCGCUCAACACACGUUUCAAAAUGUUUCAAUGUUUUCGAAAAGGCACGACUGAAGAACUAAGAAGAACGAUAUAAAUGGACACAGAAUACCGAUAUUUGAGUUGAAUUGAUAAACUGUGUGUUGAUUGAUACACUUAAAUAUACUUAACAUAAAAGUAUAGACUACGUAUGUUAUAUUGGUUUUUAAUAACAAAUUAAGGAAACCAUAGGUUUUCAACACAUUUGCUCAAAAAAUGACGGCGAAGGGAAGCCAGACAGACUGGCGCCGUAACGUAAAGCUGUUUACUCUCUUAUAAGAAGUUAUUUUAAGUUUGAAAGUUAGUUUUCGGUAAGCACGUUCGGCUGCGAUCGUUGAAGCUAAGCAACUUUCGCAGUGGUCGGUCAUUGGAUGGGUGACCAAAAAUUUACUAUCGCGACAGCACUGGGCCCACGUGGUGGGUCAUAGCUAGGGUUGCAACGAUAUAUCGGAAUAUCGAUAAUAUCGAGACCAAAAUAUCGAUAUUUCGUAGACUAAAUUUGAACACAAUAAUAUCAAUUAAUUUACCUGCUAUGACUAUCUAAAUUGAAUAAUAUCGAAAUAACAAUUGCUUUGAAAUCGCAAGAGCUUAUACAUGUAUUAAAAAAAUCUUGAACGCCAAGAAAUAUACUAAACUGGUGUGGAUUCUGGCAUGAUUCUCUAAACCUAAAAUUAAAUUUGACAAUAGUGUAUCCUUGUCAUUCUUUAUACAGAAUGAAAAGGAAAGACUGAUGUUAAAUUUAGUUUAAAGUUUAGAUAAUCAUGCCAGAAUCGACACCAACGUAUAUAGGCAUAAUCAUAUACCUAAUGGUAACUCAUGCACUUAAAUAAAAUCCUUGCCUCUCCUUCUAGAUAAUUGUCAACUACUGAUUAAUUGAAAUUUAAUAUCAUUGUAAUAUAACACAAAAUAAAAUUAAG